AUUUUAAAUUUGAAAAAUAGGUCCUUUUACGCCUUCCUCUCUCUCUCUCCCCGACCAAAUUUUCCAGGUCAUGGCAGCCGACCAACAAGACCUUCUUUCUUCCCCAAUCUGCAGGGCCUCCUUGUCCUCCCCAAACCGUUCUCUUGAUCUAUAUCCUGUCACUUGCUAACCUAAAAUUCUCUCAAUGUCGGCCUCCCAAACCCUAGGCGGUACUUCUCGCUCCGGUCGGGUCCUUGGCCCCUCCCUCGACAAGAUCAUCAAGAACGUCGCCUGGAGAAAGCACUCUCAGCUCGUCGCUGCCUGUAAAUCCGCCCUCGACAAGCUUGAAACCCUCUCCGACUACCCUGAUCCCGAUUCUCGCUCUCCCCUAUUCGGAUUACCCCUCUCCGACGCCGAAUUCAUCCUUCAACCCCUCCUGCUCGCCCUUGAUUCCGCCUCCAUCAAGGUCGCCGAGCCCGCCCUCGAAUGCACCUUUAAACUCUUCUCUCUUGGCCUAAUCCGCAGCGAGAUUGAUCGCACUGACAGUGACGGCGACACCUCCCUUGUUCUACAUCUGCUCGAAGCCAUCUGUAAGUGCGGUAGCCUCGGGGACGAUGGCAUCGAGCUAGCCGUGCUGAGGGCCUUGCUCUCUGCCAUUCGAUCUCCCUGCGUGUUGAUCCGUGGAGACUGCUUGCUUCAUAUUGUUAGAACUUGUUACAAUGUGUACCUCGGCAGCUUGAGCGGCACCAAUCAGAUCUGCGCAAAGGCUGUCCUCGCGCAGAUUAUGGUGAUCAUCUUCUCGAGGGUUGAGGAAGACUCCAUGGACGUCGGCAAUAUUCCAUUGGUUUCUGUUUAUGGAUUGUUAGAAUUUACGGAUAAGAAUUUGAAUGAAGGGAGUUCGAUACAGUUCGUGCAGAACUUCAUUAAUGAGGUUAUGGAAGUGAGUGAAGUGGCUCCGGACGUAAAACGGUCACCAAAUAUUUCACUUACAAUGCAGAAUGACAACGUUUUGGGGUCUAAAAUGGACCCAAAAGACGAUUUGGGAGGUGGUGAAUUGCAUGGGGAGCCCAACACUGGUGGCAGUAAAAUUAGGGAGGAUGGAUUUCUACUUUUCAAGAAUCUGUGCAAGUUGUCGAUGAAGUUCUCAGCACAAGAGCAUUCAGAUGACAAUAUCCUUUUGAGGGGGAAAGUUUUGUCUCUGGAGCUGCUAAAAGUAGUCAUGGACAACGGUGGGGCAAUUUGGCGAUCAAAUGAAAGGUUCCUCAGCACGAUUAAGCAGUAUCUUUGCUUAUCAUUGUUAAAGAACAGUGCGCUCUCAGUAAUGACUAUUUUUCAGCUUCUGUGUUCUAUUUUCAUGAGCUUGUUAUUAAAAUUUAGAUCAGGUUUAAAGUCAGAAAUCGGAAUUUUCUUUCCCAUGCUCAUCCUCCGUGUCCUUGAGAAUGUCCUUCAGCCUAGUUUUUUACAGAAAAUGACUGUCCUCAGCUUACUGGAGAAAAUUUCUCAGGAUGCGCAGAUUGUGAUUGAUAUUUUUGUGAACUAUGACUGUGAUGUGGAUGCUCCAAACAUUUUUGAAAGGACUGUCAAUGGCCUUCUUAAAACUGCUCAAGGCCCACCUCCUGGUUCCACAACAACCUUAUCCCUGCCCCAGGAUAUUACAUUCCGGAUUGAAUCGGUGAAGUGCUUGGUGAGCAUCAUCAAAUCAAUGGGAGUUUGGAUGGACCAACAGUUGAGAACAAGCGACUUUUGUCCAGAGAAAAAUUCUGAAAGUGUCACAUCAAUAGAAAUUCAUAAUACAUUGAAUGGAGAAGAAGGGGUUGUCUUUGACCAUGAACUGCAUCUAGAAUCAAAUUCUGAGUUAUCAGAUGCUGCUACGCUUGAGCAACGUCGAGCUUAUAAAAUAGAACUCCAGAAAGGUGUUGCACUGUUCAAUAGGAAACCUUGCAAGGGCAUUGAGUUUCUAAUAAGCAGCAAAAAAAUUGGGGGUUCCCCAGAAGAUGUGGCUUCUUUUCUUAAGAAUGCCACUGGCCUGAAUAAAACUGUGAUUGGUGAUUAUUUGGGUGAAAGGGAGGAGUUUUCCUUAAAAGUGAUGCAUGCUUAUGUGGACUCAUUCAAUUUUGAAGCAAUGGAUUUUGGAGAAGCAAUUAGGUUUUUCUUACGGGGCUUUAGGUUACCUGGAGAGGCACAGAAGAUUGACCGAAUCAUGGAGAAGUUUGCUGAGCGCUACUGUAAAUGCAACCCAACUUCAUUUACCAGGGCAGACACUGCAUAUGUUCUUGCUUACUCUGUGAUAAUGCUGAACACGGAUGCCCAUAAUAACAUGGUAAAAGAUAAGAUGACCAAGGCUGAUUUCAUUCGGAAUAACCGGGGAAUAGAUGAUGGCAAGGACUUACCUGAAGAAUAUCUAGGCACCCUCUAUGAUCAGAUUGUAAAAAAUGAAAUUAAGAUGAAUGCUGAUUCUUCUGCACCCCAGAACAAGCAGGCAAAUGGCUUCAAUAAAUUGUUGGGAUUGGACGGUAUACUCAAUCUAGUCACUUGGAAGCAGACGGAAGAAAAACCAGUGGGUGCAAAUGGAGCUCUCAUACGGCACAUCCAGGAGCAGUUCAAGGCAAAGUCAGGAAAAUCAGAGUCCGUUUAUUAUGCCGUAACAGAUGCAACUAUAUUGAGGUUUAUGGUGGAAGUCUGCUGGGGUCCAAUGCUUGCUGCAUUCAGUGUGACUCUUGACCAGAGUGAUGACAAGGCAGCUACUUUUCAAUGCCUGCAGGGAUUCCGACAUGCUGUUCAUGUUACUGCAGUGAUGGGUAUGCAGACGCAGAGAGAUGCUUUUGUCACAACUGUGGCCAAGUUUACUUACCUCCAUUGUGCUGCAGAUAUGAAGCAAAAAAAUGUUGAUGCUGUGCAGGCAAUGAUAUCGAUUGCCAUUGAAGAUGGUAAUUAUCUUCAAGAAGCUUGGGAGCACAUACUAACAUGCCUUUCAAGAUUUGAGCAUCUGCAACUGUUGGGAGAUGGUGUGCUGCCUGAUGCAUCGUUUUUCACCACCAUUGAAGCAGAAGAAAAGCUACAGAAAUCUUCAGGUUUUCCAUCUCUAAAGAAAAAAGGAUCUCUUCAGAAUCCGGUUGUGAUGGCUGUUGUUCGAGGAGGUUCAUAUGACAGUACCACCAUUGGGUUUAAUACUUCGGGGCUGGUAACUCCAGAACAGAUAAAUAACUUCAUUCUAAAUUUGGAUCUGCUAGACCAGAUUGGGAACUCUGAUUUAAACCGCAUAUUUGCUUAUAGCCAAAGAUUGAACAGUGAGGCAAUAGUGUCUUUUGUGAAGGCCCUUUGUAAAGUUUCUAUGUCAGAGUUGCAGUCCCCAACAGACCCUCGUGUAUUCAGCCUCACAAAAAUAGUUGAAAUAGCGCAUUACAAUAUGAAUCGCAUCAGAUUAGUGUGGUCUCGCAUUUGGAAUGUUCUUUCUGAUUUCUUUGUGUCAGUUGGUUUAUCAGAAAAUCUUGCAGUUGCAAUAUUUGUGAUGGAUUCAUUGCGACAGUUAGCUAUGAAAUUUUUAGAGCGUGAAGAGCUGGCAAAUUACAACUUCCAAAAUGAGUUUCUAAGACCAUUUGUGAUUGUUAUGCAGAAAAGCAGCUCUGCGGAAAUUAGGGAAAUAAUAGUUAGGUGCAUAUCACAGAUGGUCCUCAGCCGUGUCAGUAAUGUGAAAUCUGGAUGGAAAAGUGUAUUUAUGGUUUUUACGGCUGCUGCAGCUGAUGAGCGAAAGAAUAUAGUAUUGUUGGCAUUUGAGACUAUUGAAAAAAUAGUACGAGAAUAUUUUCCCUAUAUAACUGAGACAGAGGCUGUAACUUUUACGGACUGUGUUAGAUGCCUCAUCACCUUUACAAAUAGCAGAUUCAACAGUGAUGUUAGUCUAAAUGCAAUUGCAUUUCUCCGAUUCUGUGCUGUUAAACUUGCUGAUGGAGGACUUGCUUGUAGUGAGAAGAGCAAUGAACAAGUGUCAUCUGCAGUAGAGAAUCAGGAUGCUUCAGGUGGACAAACUUUCAUGGAGAAAGAUGAUGUGUCCUUUUGGGUUCCUUUGCUCACAGGGUUGUCAAAACUAACAUCUGAUCCCAGACCAGCAAUAAGAAAGAGUUCUUUGGAAGUGCUCUUUAACAUUCUGAAGGAUCAUGGUCAUCUAUUUUCACGCUCAUUUUGGAUUGGUGUUUUCAAUUCUGUUAUUUUACCCAUAUUUAAGUGUGUGGAUGAGAGGAGAAUAACAGGCCUAAAUGAUGACCAGUAUUCACCAGUUUCAAGGUUUCCAUGUCCUGAAGGAAGUUCAUGGGAUUCUGAAACAUCUGCAGUGGCAGCAGAAUGUGUAGUAGACAUAUUCAUCAAUUUCUUCAAUAUGGUGCGGUCUCAACUGCCUAGUGUUGUAUCGAUACUGAUGGGUUUCAUAAGAAACCCUGUUCAGGGUCCUGCUAGUACUGGGGUAGCUGCAUUGGUGCGCUUGGCAAGUGACUUGGGCAGCACACUUGCAGAAGAUGAAUGGAAAGAGAUAUUUUUGGCUUUAAAAGAGGCUGCUGCUUCUUCUCUGCCAGGUUUUCUGAAAGUCAUGAAAACCAUGGAUAGCAUUGAGUUGCCUGAUGCUGCUCAGUCCUAUGAUGAUUUGGAAUUUUCUGACCAUGGAUUGGCUAGUGAUCUUGAUGAUGACAAUCUGCAAACUGCGGCAUAUGUGGUUUCAAGAAUGAAAAGUCACAUAUCCAUGCAUCUACGUAUUAUACAGGUUCUGACUGAUCUUUACAAGAUUCACCUACAGUCCUUGUCAGCAGCCAACGUAAAAAUUCUUCUAGAAAUAUUUUCAUCCAUGGCAUCUCAUGCUCACCAUCUGAAUUCUGAAACAACCACACAAAUGAAGCUGCAGAGAGCAUGUUCAAUCUUGGAGCUCUCUGAUCCACCCAUGGUUCAUUUUGAAAACGAUUCGUAUCAGAAUUACCUCUGUUUUCUGGAAUAUUUACUCAAGGAUAGUCCAUCUGUCUCUAGUGAGAUGAAAAUUGAAUCACGACUUGUCACAGUAUGCGAAAAAAUUUUGCAGAUGUACCUGAACUGUUCUAGGCUCCAAGCUGCUGAUCAGAGGGUAGUUAGCCAGGCUGUGCAGCACUGGAUUCUGCCUCUAGGUUCGGCCAAAAAGGAGGAGUUGGCUGCAAGGACCCCUUUAGUUGUGUCAGCUUUGCGGGUAUUGGGUGGUUUGGACAGGGAUUCAUUUAGAAGGCAUGUUUCCCAUUUUUUCCCAUUGUUGGUAGAUCUUGUGCGGAGUGAGCACAGCUCUGCAGAAGUUCAGCAUGUCCUAAGCAACAUGUUCGAAUCUUGUAUAGGCCCAAUCAUAAUGGAAUUGUGAGUUAUAAUCCAACCAUAUAUUGCAUAUAGAAGCAUAAGUCAGGCUGUUGUCAGCAAAUCCAUAUAUAUAUAUAUAUAUUUUAAUUCUUUCUGUAACUGGCGGGGAGCGUGGGCUUGAUUCCAUCUCUCCCUUAUUUUUGUAGCAUGCACAGAGGCGGAAGAAUGUGUUAUGAAUAAUAAUUCAAUCUCCUUAUUUUUUGUA